CCCCCCCCCCCCCCCCCCGGAGGUCCGACUCACAAUAACACUUAGUGAGAUCUUCACUUUUGGGGAAACCUUCUGGAAGAAUUCUCUCACAUCUGCUUCUGGUUAGCAACAUAUUUCCAUUGGUAUGGUUCAAGAAUAGCGAUGGAUCCUGAAGGUUCACGCAUCCAAGAUGACCCGGAUGUCAGGGUAAUGAUGGCGGGGUCCACUCUCAGAAAAGUCAAGUCCAAAUCGUGGAAGAAGCAGCGCCAUUUCCGCCUCCUGGAGGACGGCCUGACCAUCUGGUACAAGUCCAGAUGGUCAGGGAGGGGCCACUCCACGUUCUCAGUGAUUGAGGUGGAGGCUGUGCGUGAGGGACACCAGUCAGAGGUCCUGCUGAGCAUCGCCGAGGAGUUCCCCCCUGACGUCUGCUUCACCUUGGUGUUUCGAGGUCGCCAAGGCAACCUGGACCUUGUGGCCGAUUCGGCAGAAGAAGCCACGGCGUGGAUCCAGGGAGUACGCAAGGUCCUUCACAAGGCUCAGACCAUGGAUGAGAAGGAGAGGCUGGACCAGUGGGUCCAGGACUGGUUUCAGAAAGCUGACAAAAACAAAGACGGGAAGAUGACUUUCAAAGAGGUGCGAACGCUGCUGAAGAUGAUGAACGUGGAGAUGAAUGAGGAGCACGCUCUGCAUCUGUUCACGAUGGCUGACAAGUCAGAGAGCGGCUCUUUGGAAAUCCAGCAGUUUGUCCAUUUCUAUAAGAUGUUGACUCAGAGGGAUGAGGUGUGGAAGGUGUUCCAGGACUACUCUGGAGAUGGAGAAAAGCUAUUGUUGGAGGAGCUGGAGAGCUUCCUGAGCACAGAGCAGCAGGAGGGAGAGCAGAGUUCCCAGCAUGCCAAGGAGCUGAUUGACAGCUACGAACCAUCUGAAACAGCCAAGGAGCAGAGCGCCAUGUCAUUGGACGGCUUCCAGGCCUACCUGUGCUCACAGGAGGGCUCCGUCUUUAGACCUGAGCACCGGGAGCUUCACCAGGACAUGAACCAGCCUCUGAGCCACUACUUCAUCUCCUCCUCGCACAACACCUACCUCCUGGAGGACCAGCUGCGCGGGCUGAGCAGCCUGGAGGCGUACAUCCAGGCCCUGAAGAGGGGCUGCCGCUGUGUGGAGGUGGACUGCUGGGACGGCAGUGAUGGGGAACCCGUCGUUUAUCAUGGUCACACUUUGACCUCUAAGAUUCUCUUCAGAGAUGUCAUCUCCACGCUGAAGGAGUACGCCUUCAAGGCAUCGGACUUCCCGGUCAUCCUGUCUCUUGAGAAUCACUGUUGUUUGGAGCAGCAGACCGUCAUGGCCCAACAUCUCAGUCAAAUCUUGGGGGACAUGCUGCUGACUGCCCUGCUGGAUGGACAGGUUCCUCAACAGCUUCCCUCUCCCCAGCAACUGAGGGGGAAAAUUCUACUCAAAGCCAAGAAAAUGAAUAAUCCAGGAGACUGCGUUGAUGAAACCCUGACGGAUGAAGUUAGUGAUGAGGAAGAGGUGGCCAACGAGGAUGCUGAGAACCUGCCUGCAGAGGAGUGUUUGAAGAAAUCCAAACUAUCCAGGGAGCUGUCUGACCUGGUGGUUUACUGCAAGAGCGUGCACUUCCAUGGCUUUGAGCACGCUCGAUCACAGGCCAAAUGCUACGAGAUGUCCUCCUUCUCCGAGUCCAAGGCCAAGAAGCUGGCUAAGGACGCAGGAACAGAUUUUGUGCAGUACAACACACGGCAGCUGACCAGGACCUACCCCGCUGGCCGCAGGACCGACUCGUCCAACUACAACCCCCAGGACAUGUGGAACGUGGGCUGCCACAUAGUGGCUCUGAACUUCCAGACAGCCGGCCUGGAGAUGGAUCUGAACGACGGGCUGUUCGGGCAGAACGGCUCCUGCGGCUACGUCCUCAAACCCGACUUCCUGAGGGACGGCGCCACUCCGUUCAGCCCCGAGAAGCCAAGGGAGCUGCCGGGCUACAAGCCCCUCCGCCUGUCCAUCCAGGUGAUCAGUGGGCAGCAGCUCCCCAAGGUGAACCAGAAAGAGGGCUCCAUUGUAGACCCCCUGGUCCGAGUGGAGAUCUUCGGUGUUCCUCUGGACCAGGCCAAAGAGGAGACCAGUCACAUCAACAACAAUGGUUUUAACCCAGUAUGGAAUGAAACUUUAAAUUUCGUCAUCCACACGCCUCAUCUGGCUCUGGUCCGCUUCGAGGUGGAGGACUACGAUAAGGCCUCCAGGAACGACUUCAUGGGACAGUUCACGCUUCCGUUCACGUGCAUCCAAGCAGGAUACCGUCACAUCCACCUGCUCUCCAAAGAUGGAACAGCCAUCCCUCCCUCCUCCCUCUUUGUCCACAUCAGCAUCUCAGAGCUCAAAUGAAGGUUGGACAAACAGUGGCCUGAAAAGGAUGGUUACAGCCUGCUCCUUUGCUCUGUCUGAUAUGAGGCAUCAGCCGGUUAGUGAGUGGACGUGCUGUGUGACAUCCAGAAAUAAUUACAUGGAUCCAUGGUUACAUUUAACAUUCCAAAGGCUUAUGUUUUUACUCAAACUGAACUAAGCACAUCAGCGUUAAGAUUUUCUGUCACUUUACCGUCGCUCAGAACUUCAUCAGGUGGGUUAAAGUUCACAUUGCACCUCUAUGUGUCAGAAAUCCUAUUAAGUUAUUACAUUAUUCACUGAAACAAGAUAUUACAUCUCUCUAAUCAAGGACUUAUUUUAAAUAGCUUCAAUCAGUAAUAGAAAGUCAUUAUGAAAUAAGGUUGAUGCAUGUCCCAACAAGGAACUAAAUAACUACGAUUCUAAUCUUAACUUUUUAACAACAUAUCUUUAACUGCUUACAUGAAGGAUAACUGCAUGUCUAUAAUGUAAAAAUACCCCAUCUGCCUUUUAAUAUAUUGUGUAUGCAGAAGUGACAGCACCUGAUAUAACUGACAUGUAAUAGAAUGUGAAACUGUAUUAUCAACAUUCUACAAUGAAUCACUCAGAACUUUGCAUCGUUACUGUACAUUUAGUGGCCUGCUUGAGUUAUUUCUAU